UUCUUUCUUUCUUUGAGGUGCUUUAGUCACUUUUGUAAACUUAAAUCAUGAGUAUCCAUUGCCUCCAAAAUGUAGGAAUUCACGCGGGUUUUGUGCAACAUGUCUGGCGUUGAAAGGCAGAAACAGCCGCCAACCACGGCAUCUGCACCUUUUCCCCGUGUCCCAUUUAGUAUCAUCUUCUCCGAUUUCAUGCCCACCGCCACCGCCACCAUCUGGCUUCCGGUUUGUGCACCUUUUUUCCUUCCCAAUACUCGCUGUGGGCCCUGUCCAUCUCUUUCUUCCUUUGCCAGCAUUUUCUGCUGGAGAUGAAUCAAGAGCCAGUCUUUCUCCUCAACGUUGCUCUUUGAGGUUGAUGAAGAAGAAAUUUAUUGGGGCAGCCAGAAGCAUGGUGGGGACUCAGGGUGGUCAGAUAAUUAUGCUCACGUGAUAUCACAUCUAGCCCAGUGUUUUACUAAUGCUAUGUCUGGACCACGAACAUGGAUUGGAGGAAUUCUCAGCCGCUCAAGCAAUAAACGGUAUGGAAGUGACAAACUUAUCGACUAUACUCUGACCCCUGAACAGGAGGAGAGACUUCACAAGCUACAAGAAAGAUUAGGAGUACCUUUUGACGAGUUUCGGCCGGAUCAUCGAGAAGCACUUUUAUCUUUAUGGAAUUUGUCAUUUCCAGACGUUAAGCUCAAAGGACUGAUCUCUGAGCAAUGGAAGGAUAUGGGUUGGCAAGGAUCUAACCCAUCAACUGAUUUCAGGGGUUGCGGUUUUCUUUCACUCGAGAAUUUACUAUAUUUUGCAAGAAAUUAUGCGGUUACUUUUGAAGCAAGUUGGAGACCGCGCAACAUGGGAGUACCCAUUUGCAGUUGCUGGGAUUAAUGUUUCAUUUAUGUUGAUUCAAAUGCUGGACUUAUGUUCAGCGAAACCUAGAUGCCUUCCAGGAAUCAAUUUUGUAAAACUAUUAGCAGAAGAUGAGGAUGCAUUUGAUGUGCUUUACUGUAUAGCAUUUGCAAUGAUGGAUGCGCAAUGGCUGGCUAUGCACGCUUCAUAUAUGGAGUUCAAUGAUGUUUUACAAGUAACAAGGCUGCAAUUGGAGAGAGAAUUGUCUUUAGAAGACAUAAACAGGGUGACUGAUCUGCCAGCCUACAACCUUGUAUAGUUUCCUCUCCCGUCCGUAUGCUUGAGGAACAAAGUCAUCAGUCUCAUAUUUCAGCUGGGAGAUUGCGUUCUUACUGCUUUAGGAUUUAGGAAUAAGAAAGCAGUAGACUGUUUAAUGCUGCAAGUAUAUAGAAGAUGAAGGGGAUGGAUUUAGGCUCCACAAAUAUUGAGCUUUCAUCAGCAGGCAUUAUAUUUAUAUUUGUAUGUUAAAGUUUUUUUUUGUGCUGCCCUGGUUCACCUCUUGACAUGACCAUUUCUUUUUCUUCAGCACCAACAAUUUUCUAGUGCGCUGUUGGUUAAUUAAUUAAUUAAUUGAAAUUGUUUUUGGGCACAUCGGAAGAGGUAAAAUUGUAGCAUACUAAAAAGGUUACAUUUCAUUAUAUUGUGACAUUUUU